UCUUUUGGAGAGUGGAGUAAAUGGUCCUUGCAUCCUUCCUCUUUUCUUCUCUUGUGUUCGUCGUCCUUGCCGGGGCCGCCUUGGUGGUUGUCUGCAUGAUCACCUUCCUCUUCGGCUGGGGAGUAGCAGGCGGCGUAAUGUUGUCAGCUGGGACCUCGGGUUUUACCUCCGUCAGGUCCAGGUUAUGAGCCUAGGCAAUUGCUUCGACGAACUCAGUGAGGCUGAGCCUCCGCUUCUCGACUGGUUUGGGCAUCGCGAGUUCUUCUUUGUACCUCCAGACACCACACUCCCUGGGUUGGUUGAAGAACUCAUCUGCGACGGGGUCUUCAAUUCCCGUUUAGUAAAAUACAGCCCAAUCGAUGUCGCCAAGACGGGAAUCCUCCUUCAGCUCCUCGACAGAGCACGCAGACUCUUCGUAGUCGUCGUCUUCCUCAGGUCCUCCGAACAGCUCCUCGCACCUCUCCUCGAUCAUUUCUCGAAUAGAUUCGAGGACGGCUUGAAGGCAAGUGAGGUCUUCAGAACCCUCGGCAAGGCUCUCGUCACCCUUGGCCUUGGUGUAAGCGGGCUUGCGUCCUUGGUAAAUCCACUUGUGAACUUCUUCAAAGUGAAACAUCAUGUUCCGGCGAUGUUCUCAAGGACUCCCUCGGCGAGCCCUUUGUAGUUAAUGUUGGCCUCGACCAAGUGGUCGUGGAUCAUCCCAACAUGUUUAGGGAUGAAGUCAGCGAUGUUUGCGACCUCAACACGACGGACCCCAAGCACGUUGAGGCGGUCACCGAGGUAGGAAGUGUACUGGUUAUUUACA